AUGGCUCGUCGUUAUGACACACGUACUACAAUAUUUUCGCCUGAAGGCAGGCUGUACCAAGUUGAGUAUGCUAUGGAAGCAAUCAGUCAUGCCGGAACAUCUCUCGGCAUUUUGGCAACAGACGGAAUAUUACUUGCCGCCGAACGCAGGAACACCAACAAAUUACUUGAUGAAGUGUUCUUCUCUGAAAAAAUCUACAAGUUAAACGACGACAUGGUCUGUUCUGUCGCCGGCAUCACAUCUGAUGCGAACGUUUUAACUAAUGAGUUGCGCCUUAUUGCUCAAAGGUAUCUUCUACAAUAUGGAGAAUCUAUCCCAUGUGAACAACUUGUAUCCUGGCUGUGUGAUGUUAAACAAGCUUAUACACAAUAUGGAGGUAAACGGCCAUUUGGAGUGUCAAUUUUAUAUAUGGGUUGGGAUAAACACUAUGGCUACCAGCUGUAUCAAUCGGAUCCAAGUGGCAACUAUGGAGGAUGGAAAGCUACUUGUAUCGGCAACAAUAGUGCAGCUGCAGUGUCUAGUCUCAAACAGGAAUACAAAGAGAAUGAGACAACUUUAGCUGAAGCUCAAGCAUUAGCAGUCAAGGUUCUAAGUAAAACUCUAGAUAUGACCAAACUGACACCAGAGAAGGUUGAAAUGGCUACUCUAACUCGUAAGGAUAACAAAACGAUAAUCAGAGUUUUGACAAGUUCAGAAGUAGAAAAGCUUAUCACCGACUUUGAAAAGAGUGAGGCAGAGGCUGAAGCUGCCAAGAAACAACCUCCUAAAUCA